AAAUCUCUGUCUUUUAAAUCCAACAAAAUCCACUCGCUCCCUCUCUCUUCCACUCUAAAAACUAGACGCCUUGCUGUUCUUUUCUGUAUCAUUUUUUUCUACUUGUGUGUGCUUAGCGUGCGCUCUCUGAUACUGCUUAACGUGCGCUGCCUGAGAUAUGUCGCCGGCGGCGAAAAUUACAACGUUAAAAAGAAUAUCGCGGUACAGGAGGGCCCAGUAAGAAAAUCAUCGGACGGGGGGGAUUAGUGGGUUGGAUCGGAUCUCCAAACAAGAAAAUGGACGCUCAAAAAAGCAGCCAAACAAAGCUUACAAGAACUCAAUCUUCACUCCUCCGUUCAUCUCCCACCAUCCGAUCAUCCAUUCACAGCUUAACUUCUGUAGCCGAAGAGGACGUUAUCAAAACCCAGCAGCAACAACACCAAAAACUAGAAGAUGGUUUAGACGAACAGAAAAAAGUAAAGCUGCAUCGGUCUGGUUCAACCCCAAGAAGAACCGGUUCAACCCGGUUCACACCAGUACUCACUUUGGUUUCGCUCAUUUUUUUCACUCUCUUCUCUCUUUCUUUCUUUUUCUUCUUCUACUUGAGAAGAGAAGAAAUAUCUACAUCAGAGAAUCUCUUGUUGGCUUUGAUUUUCAUUGCUAUAACUCUCUUCUUUGCAAGCAAGAACAAGAACUUAAUCAACCAGAAUUUGAUAGUUUUCAAGCAAUUAUGGGAACAGAGUACAAAAAGAUUCAAUUUUUCUACUUCAAGAACCAAAUCAAAGCAAGUCCAAUGGUUUAUUGGAGACCCAAAUGUUAGCAACAAUAGUAAAGGCAAGAAAUUAGAGAAGAGGAUUAUAAGAGAAGGAGUAGAGUUUUAUAGCAAUGGAGAUUUUUACGAAGGAGAGUUUCACAAAGGGGGGUGUAAUGGGAGUGGGGUUUAUAAUUUCUUUGUGAAUGGGAGAUAUGAAGGUGAUUGGAUUGAUGGAAGAUAUGAUGGAUAUGGAAUAGAGAGCUGGGCUAGAGGGAGUAGAUAUAGAGGGCAAUAUAGACAGGGUUUAAGGCAUGGUUAUGGAGUUUAUAGGUUUUAUACAGGGGAUUCAUACGCUGGGGAAUGGUUUAACGGGCAGAGUCAUGGUGUUGGAGUGCAGACUUGUGCAGAUGGGAGUUGCUAUGUUGGUGAAUUCAAGUGUGCCGUCAAACAUGGCCUUGGUGUUUACCAUUUCAGGAAUGGAGACAGAUAUGCCGGAGAAUACUUUGGAGACAAAAUGCACGGCUUCGGUGUUUAUCACUUCGCCAAUGGCCACUGCUAUGAGGGAUCAUGGCAUGAAGGACGGAAGCAAGGCUAUGGCAUGUAUACUUUCCGCAGUGGCGACACUAGAUGUGGGGAAUGGAAUGGCGGUACCCUCAAAAACCCUUUACCGUUUUUAUCUGAUGCCGUCCUAAGAGCUGUUCAGGCUGCCAGAAAAACAGAAGAAAAUGCCAUUCACUUGCGCAGGGUGGAUGAACAAGUGAACAAGGCAGUUCACGCUGCAAAUAGGGCAGCAACUGCUGCUAGAGUUGCUGCUGUCAAAGCUGUUCAAAACCGGAUAGAUGGCAAAUUUUGCGAGACUAAUGUUUGAGUUAAUUAACUUUUGUCGAGAGUGUAAAUUUACUAAUUUUAUGCACUUGGAAGAUGUGUCGCCCUGCUGAGCAAAAGCUCAUCGGAGGUUGAGAAGAGCGUUUGAGCCUUCUUUUAUCACACCGCAACUUGUACAUACUCCAUGUAUAUCAAUUGAAUUAAGAUCUAUUUCCGAGGGUUUUCUUCCUCGUCUCUUGUUAUA